UCCGGGCCCGCCCGGCCCGUGCGCACUCCCUCCCUCCCUCUCUCUCUCUCGCGCGCGUCCGUCGUUUGCCAUGGAGCCGCUCGAACCCCGGAUUUCCUCGCGAUUCGCGGAGGCGGACCUGAUUCUGGAGGCGCUUCUGGGCCUUUCAGACCCCGGCGUCAUCGAGCUUUCCCUCGAGCGCCUCAUUGACCGAGUGGCGGGACACUCGGAGCGGAGCGAGAUGACUGAGAGGACGAUGUCUCUUGGCCUUAGGAUCCAUGAGGCAGCCAGACGGUUGGCCAGGAAGCAAGCGUCCACCCACAACUCCAUCGCUUGGUCUCUCCCGUACGAUCUCACCGUCAGAGUGUUCUCUAUGCUUGACACGCGAAGUGUUUGCCGUGCUGCAGCAACCUGUUCAAUGUUCAAUAAGUGCGCUAUGGACUCAUUAUGCUACCAGUAUAUUGAUUUAACAUCUGCAGAAACAAAAGUGAAUAACUCAGUUGUGUUUGCAAUGGUCCAGCGCGCUGCAAAAAACCUGCAGUCACUCAAGUUGGGGAUACAGCCAGUUGCUCUAAGAGGGACAAGGUUUUGUCAAUCAAUGGUCUUUGCUGCUCAUAAUCCUGUAGAUACAUCAUCUUUUUCAUGGCAUGACAGAAGAUCUGAGCAAGAAAAAAUGCCAUGUUUUCUUACACGGUCUUGCUUGCUACCCCUGACUUUGGGCAAUGGUGCAAUUGGGGGUCUGUUGAGGCAAUUGCACCUGUACAAUAUUGAUGCAAUGGACACUACAACGCUCUGUACAGCACUGUCUGUCUGUAGAUCUCUCUUUGAUUUUGCAGUAGUCGGCCUAAAUGUUAAUUUGAAGCAAACAUUGAAGUCUCUAAGCUCAUUUUGCCCCUGUUUGGAGCAUUUAUUCUUUGAAUCCUCUGGAAUAGGUGGCGACGAAAGUUUAAAAAGUUCCACCUGUUUUGACAUAGUUAAUGGAUGUCCUCUUUUGUCCUCCUUGACUCUGCGUGGGUUCAAGCUUAAUGAUCAUAAAGUGCAAAUACUUCUCAAGGGAUUUCAGCAUCUGAAGCUUAUUGAUUUUACUUCGGCAUACACGCUUACUGGGAUAUUUCUAAGGAGUCUCAGCAACUGUGGCUAUGAUCUACGACUAGAGGUCUUAAUCUUACGUGACUGUGUGCACCUUAGGGAGGUUGAAGUUGAUAAAUUUCUAUCAGUGAUUCUGCAAGGAGAAUGCAAGAACCUCAGAUAUCUCGACAUAUCAAACAAAGAUGGUCUUGCUACUGCUGGAGAUUGUUUUGAGAGAAGUUAUAAUCCAAGCCAUGUUUCCAUUGAACGUGUUUUUACAGAAAGACCAGAAGUCCACUUAGUUGCGGAGUUUCCCAUAGAUAAAAGCUUUGGUGAUUUAGAGGAAGCAAUUGAUGGUCAAGGAGGCAGCAACGACAGUACACCUUACACACUCAGUCCCAUGUCAUUAGAGAAAUCGUUUUCCAUGGGUUCAUCGGAUGGUAGCUACAAUAGUGAUCCAGACAGUGGUGAAGAUCUUCAAGAUAUCGGUUGUACAUUUUAUGAAGAAUUUUCAGAUGGGGCAGAGUACUUCAUGCCAUGAUGUGAAGUGACGGAGCAUGCCUUUGCCAACCAGAUCAAUGAGACAAAUCUCUCUCUCUCUCUUUCCCCAUGCUCCUCCCCCUCUCUCUCGCUACACCCCCCACCCCCCUCUUUCUCAUGCCCACAUGCAAGUGCUUUAUUUUUCUGAGAUGUUGGGGGGUUAAUGAUGGCUUGCUAAGCAAGCACAAUGAACGUUAAUUUGGAUUGGGAUCAGAGAAUUGGUCAUUUUUUGGCAAAGUUGUUUUUCUUAGCAAAA